CCACAAAGGAGAGAUUUUGCCCGACUCCUAUCAUCUUCCCCUCUUGUAUCAGGUACGAUUCAUUUUCCGACUCCUCUUCAUUAGCGAUCAUGAAAGCUCCGUUCCAUCUCCUUUCCACAGCCUCUUCUCACCGCCACCAGAUCUCACCACUUCCGCCUCUCUCAAUAUGGAAGUUGGAGUCUCUCUAAUUCUAUUCGAUGAACAAAGUCUUUCUAAUUCUCGAUUCACUACAAUCCAAGCACCUUUGAUGGCUACACUUUUGGGGAUUAUGAGCGAUUUUUGUUCCUCUUUCAAGGUAUAAAGGUGGAUUUUAUAUCCAUUUGAAUUUUCAUUAGAUUUGAGGAUUUAUGGAGAAUACGAAGUCACUAUUCAUGGUGUGUAUUUGGAGCACAAAUUGCUCUGCUUCUUGCUUGGUUUUUUUGCUGAAUUUCUGUUGUGGACUCCCAUGAAGAGAACGAAUUGCACCACUGGAGGAGUAUUUGUGGGGAUGGAUUAUAAAAAUCUUUUAGAAUCUUAUAAAAUCUUUCUCAUAAAUUACACUACAAGCUAUCUAACUCUGCACAGAUUUAAAACAAUUCAUGAAUUUCACAAAAUUCAUAAAUUUUAAACAAUGUAUCAGAAUCUGUUAAAAUCAGAAUUGAAUACACCCUUAAAUUGACUACAUAAGUUUGUCAAUUCUAAGUCAUUGAAAUGUGAAUGGGCGGCUGGCUGCUGCUACCUAACACAAAAACUGAACCGGCUGAAAGCACAAAUUCAAAAUGAUAUCCAUACGCGUAAGCACAAUAUCAAACACCUGGCGGGCUCGGCAUCGCCGCCCUCUUAUAUUGGACAGCCUCAUUUGCCGCCGCCCCUGCCGCUGCAAACCAUACUCCUUCAUACCAUCAGCUUCUCCGUCUAAAGCCCCAGCACAGGUAGACGCAGAAUUCACCGCCGAUUUCUUGCAGUGGCUGGAGCUGAAGGCCGGAACAGAGAUAUCUUCUGCCCUUUCCAUAGGAGAAUCCACUUUCGGAAGGUCUUUGUUUGCUCGAACGCAUAUAAAAGCUGGGGAUUGUAUAUUGAAGGUUCCAUAUAGCGUGCAAGUGUCAUCAAAUAACCUUCCUUUGAGAAUCAAUUCCUUGUUAGGGGACCAGGUCAGCAAUGUGGCAAAAGUUGCUUUACUUGUUUUAUAUGAGCAGAAGCUUGGUGAGAAAUCUGAAUGGGCUCCUUAUAUUAGGCGUCUUCCACAACCUGCAGAGAUGCAUAACACGAUUUUCUGGAAGGAUGGUGAAUUAGAGAUGAUUCGGCCAAGUCCAUUAUAUAGAGAAACAAUUAGGCAGAAGAAAAUUGUUGAAAGUGAUUUUUUGGCGAUUACAGAGGCUUUGUGUCACUUCCCUAAGCUUCACAUGGUCAUCACACUAGAUGACUUUAAGUAUGCAUACGCUUUAGUUACUUCUCGAGCAUGGGAAAGCUUCAGUGGUGUCUCUAUGAUUCCAUUUGCAGAUUUCUUAAACCAUGACGGUCUUUCAGAUUCAUUAGUUCUGAAUGACGAUGGAAAACAAUUCUCAGAGGUUUAAUUGUCUAUCCCGAUACUUUCUCAUGAACACAUAUAACAACUAGAAAAAAUAAAAGGAGCACUAUACUUGGCAGAUGUUGAUUGUUGAAGGAAACUUAUCUUUUAAUCCCCCUUUUCUUUAUUGCACAUAGGACAAGAAGUAUUUGAAAACAAUAUUUUUGUACCGCUCAGUUAUGUCAUUGCAUUGACAAAAUUUUUAUGGUUUGAAGUAGAUAAUGUGCGUGCUCAUUAUCAAUACAGCAAGUGUUUUUCGUUCUUUAUCAACAUGACAGUCAGAAAAAAGAGGAAAACUUUACGAGUUCAGUGAGCUUGUCCAAGGUAAAAACAACAAAUGAACUGUUUGUAGAAUCCAUAAGUAGCCAUAAUGGAUCAAGGAAAGAGGGAAAAAAUAGACUUAAGAAGUCACCUAUGUGUGACUGGUGUGGCUGCACAUGUCAUGG